CUCUCUCUCUCCGAGGGUUAUAUGCAUGAAAUAUUCUAUUUCACGUUGCAUAUAUGCAUCUGAUCAUCUCACGUUCAUUUGCACCCAAGCAUAUAUAUUAAGCCCUGCUCUCCUUGUUGCUGGCUAGUGGGUUCCCAUCAGAAAUUAUAUAUGUUAAUUGGAUAUUCAUUUGGUUCUGCAGCUACACUUGCUUUCUCCAAUCCAAUCCAAUCGGUCCACUCACUUGAAGUUGCAAGGAACAAUGCGUGAUGGUGGGUCCUCGAGACACCUUGUUGGAGGAAAGAUGAUCAUCAGCUUCGUACCUCGGCGGCAAUCCUUCAUAAUUUAAAUCAUCCGAAAGGGCAUAUUGUUGCAGCAGUUUUUUUGAAGGCACAACUGUUUGAUCUUUUGUAUUAAAAGGAAAGUACCAAUCCAGAAAUGAAGUUCAUGAAAAUUGGGACCAAGCCGGACACCUUCUGCACAGAAGAAGCUACCAGGACUGUGAUUUCAGAUGUACCGAGCGACCUUCUCAUACAAAUUAACAACAUCAGUUAUCUUCUCCAUAAGCUGCAGUUUCCACUUGUUCCAAAAUGUGGCCUCUUACAACGGCUUUGCUCUGACUCUGGUGAUUCUGAAAAGGUCAGCAUAGAGCUUCACGAUAUUCCAGGAGGUGAAGAUGCUUUCGAACUGUGUGCUAAGUUCUGUUAUGGAAUUACGAUUAACCUCAGUGCGUACAACUUUGUACCUGCAUUUUGUGCUGCCAAGUUCCUUCGAAUGACUGAGUCAUUAGAGAAGGGAAAUUUUGUUCCAAAACUCGAGGCUUUCUUCAAUUCGUGCAUUCUUGAAGGUUGGAAGGACUCCAUUACCACACUAGAAACCACAGUAAAGUUGCCAGAGUGGUCUGAGAAUCUUGGAAUCAUCAGAAAGUGCAUUGAUUCAAUUGUUGAAAAAAUCCUUACACCUCCAGCAAAGGUCUCAUGGUCCUACACUUAUACUAGACCUGGUUACACCAAAAAGCAACACCAUUCUGUCCCAAAGGAUUGGUGGACAGAGGAUAUAUCAGACCUUGAUGUAGACCUGUUUCGGUGUAUAAUUACCGCUGUUGCAUCAACGUACAUGCUGCCACCGCAGCUCAUUGGUGAAGCUUUGCACGUCUAUGCUUGUCGUUGGCUGCCAGACACCACGAGACCACCUCCACAAACAGAUGAGCAAUUUAUGGAGAAGAAUCGAAGAAUUGUUGAUACCAUUGUGAGUAUGAUUCCCGGAGAUAAGAGAGCAGUUUGUGUUGGAUUCUUGCUAAGGCUUCUUAUAGUUGCAAAUUACUUAGGAGUGUCUCCAGUGACAAAGACAGAACUAUUAAGGAGGUCCAGUCUACAACUCCAAGAGGCAACAGUGAAUGACCUGAUUUCUCCAUCACACUCACCCACUGACCCAGAAUUUUACGAUAUUGACUUGGUUGUGACAGUUUUACAAAGUUUCUUGGUGCUGUGGAGAAGACAAUCCCCUGCAGCUGCUUCUGCUUCCGAAUUAAACGGCAGCAGGGCCCAGUUUUUGGGAACAAUGAGAAAGGUUGGGAAGCUCAUCGAUUCUUACCUUCAAGUCGUUGCCAUGGAUGCCAACAUGCCAGUUUCAAAACUGGUAUCUCUGGCUGAAGCUUUGCCAGAUAUUGCAAGGGAAGACCAUGACGACAUUUACAAGGCUAUUAACAUUUAUCUAAAGGAGCAUGGUGAUCUGAGCAAGGCAGACAAGAAGCGCCUCUGCCGCAUUUUAGACUGCCAGAAGUUGUCUCCCGAGGUACGCGCUCAUGCUGUGAAAAAUGAGCGGCUACCAUUGAGGACUGUUGUGCAAGUCCUCUUCUUCGAACAAGACAGAGACAGAGCUUCCAACUCCAAGGUAGCAGAAACUCAUGAUCAUCAUCAUAAACAUAAACUACUGCCACUUAUGCCCUCCCAGUCCCAGGAGCUCUUUUCCACAGGAAAACAAACAGUUCCAACUAGCAGAGAAUUAGAUAUUCAUCAUGGUCAUGGUCAUGGACAUGGUAAGCUAAAAUUGGGAGCAGCAGAUCAUCAUGAUAAAUUCACUAGUAGUAGAGGUGAUCACAGCACAAGAAGAACCAAUGUUGCUGGAAAGAAAGAUUAUCCGCUGCAUUUGCAAACAAAAAGAUCAGAUGGAAAGUUUCCCGUGGGAACUGAAAGAAAGGUUGUUAGUUCAACAGAAAUACAAGAACAAGUAGAACAUCAACUAGAAACGGGAUCUGGGAGCAAGUUGGAUGCUAAGAAGAUGAUACAAAGGGGAAGUAGAUCGGACCAUGGCCGCGACAAAGGUAAAGAUAGAUAGCAAAAACGUACAUCAACAUCGACCUUCCCUUCUUCCCUUUGCACUUGUUGUAAUUAAGGUUUUCCCUUUUCAUAAAAUCUGUCAGUUUUCAACGAUCUUAUGUUAUGAGCCCUCUUCACCAUU